AUGUCCUCGCUGAUAGGACUGCAUUUUGGGCAAUGUGGAAAUCAAAUCGGCUUCGACUUCUGGAGGACCUUAUCCCAAGAACAUGGCAUCGGGCUCAACGGCGUAGCGCAAAAGAUGCCAAAUGGCCGCGAACGUAACGACAGUCUUGGUGUCUUCUUUAGCGAGGGAGACCACAAUAGGUACAUACCCCGCGCUGUCAUGGUGGAUCUUGAGCCGCGUGUGAUAAACACGAUUUUCCAAGGCGAUUAUUCAGAAUUUUUCAAAAAGUCGAGCUCAUAUAUGAGCGAACAUGGUGGCGGUGCCGGUAAUAACUGGGCGAGCGGCUAUUUCCAAGGGCAGCAAGUUAUGGAGGAUGUCAUGGAAAUUGUACGCGCCGAAGUUGAGCGAGCAGACGAUUUGGAGGGCUUUAUGUUAACACACUCGGUUUCCGGAGGUACCGGCUCUGGUCUGGGAUCCUUUUUCCUGGAGCGUGUCCGUGAAGAGUACCCAAAGAAAGUGAUCCAGACGUAUUCCGUGUUUGCGAAUCAAACGAGCGGCUCCAGCGAUGUUGUCGUCAGCCCGUACAACUCUGUUUUGACGUUGUCGCGGCUAAUUCAAGAAGCGGAUGCAGUCGUCAUCUUGGACAACACCGCGCUGCACCACGUCGCCGGAAACCACAUCAAAUCAAUCAACGCCAAUCGCUUCGAGCAUAUUAAUUACUUGGUGUCAAAAAUCAUGUCCAUGUCGACGGCCACAAUUCGAUUCCCAGCGCCUCUAUUCACGCGAAUGAGCUCCCUACUGGCCACGCUUGUGCCCUUUUCGCCGCUCAGAUUCCUACAGACUUCUCUUUAUCCGGUUAUCGACCCACGAGAUGCCCUGGAUUUCAACGGGGCAACCCAUGUUGCCGGUGUGAUGCGCCAAUUAUUGAGGCCCGUUAACUUGAUGAUCUCGCGCGCUGAAAAGAUGCGCAAUCCAAAGCCCGGUGUGCUCCUCUCCGGGCUAGCCAUAAUGCAAGGACGACUAAAUAAUCAAGAAUAUUUUAAUGCCACCACCCAGGUCCAAACGAUGAUGCGCGACGAAACCGCUAGGCCGGCGUGGAUGGAAUACAACCCGAUGCACAUCUGCCGGGCCCCUAGCUCACCAUUUGUGAACUCGACAGUCAAUGUAUCCGGUAUGAUGCUAGCCAAUCAUACAAGUGCCGUCAACUUGCUUUCCCACACACUCGCCGAGUUCACCCGAAUGCGCAAGAUGGGAUCCUACCUGGAGCCUUACAAGAAGGCUGAAGGCUUCACCCUCGAGGACAUGGAUAGCGCUGCCGAAGCAGUCCAAGAAGUAAUUGAAGAAUACGCGAAUAUUGAGAAGCCCACGUAUUUCGAGGGAUCUGACUUGAAA